CCCAACGGCCAAUAGCUGUUCACCAAUCGUUCUUUUAUUAUUUUUUACAUUAAUAAAAUUUCAUUGUUGUUAUCUUUCAUUCGGCCGCCCCCGCCCAUCGGCAACCGCUCGUCUUAUCUUUCCGCACGGCGUUUGAAGAAAAUAUCUGAAAUAAAAUAUGUACUAUACUCGUGUGGUGGCCGAAACGCGACACUGUCCCCGCGUUCGUCAAUAACAUAACUCACGUCAAUCGUUUAAACGAAAACAAAAACAACCGCAAUAAUAUCUAUAUUAUAUUUUAAAAAUUACAUGAAAUCUCACAACGGCAACAAUAUUAAAUGAACAACCGAAAACAUGGGCACCGCGACAGCCCGUUUGACCGUUCGUCGGUUGUCGUCGGCUAAUGGCCUUUGUUGUUGUUGUCGCCGCCGUCGUCGUACCGCCGAAAAGACCUCGCCUUGAUAAUAAUAAUAAUAAUAUUAAAAUUAAAAUUCAAUAGUCGAGUUUUCGCACGUUAUUUUCCGCGAGCUUUGUCGUUUUGUGCGUUCGCCUUCUGGCCGGAGAAAACCGCCAAGGAAAAGAUGAAAAAAAAGGUGCUGUUGAUGGGCAAAAGCGGUUCGGGCAAGACCAGCAUGCGGUCGAUAAUUUUCGCCAACUACAUUGCCAAAGACACUCGACGACUGGGAGCGACGAUCGACGUCGAACAUUCUCACGUUAGAUUUCUAGGCAACCUCGUUCUCAAUCUCUGGGAUUGCGGAGGACAAGAAGCAUUCAUGGAGAACUACUUUGUCAGCCAACGCGAGAACAUCUUUCGCAACGUAGAAGUGUUGAUUUACGUGUUUGACGUAGAAAGUCGUGAUGACGAGCUGAAAAGAGAUUUAAAGUAUUACCAAUCGUGUCUGACGGCCAUUUACGAAAAUUCACCGAGCGCCAAGGUGUUUUGUCUAAUACACAAAAUGGAUUUGUUGCAAGAGGAUCAAAGGGAUAAGAUAUUUUCCGAACGUGAAAACGAAAUAAUAAACAUGUCCAAGCCAGUGAACUGUACUUGUUUCAAAACGUCCAUUUGGGACGAAACGUUAUAUCGGGCGUGGUCUUCGAUCGUGUACAAACUCAUACCCAACGUCAAAGAGCUAGAACAAAGUUUGAAAAUGUUUGCCGACCUUAUGGACGGAGACGAAGUGUUAUUGUUCGAGCGGGCGACAUUCCUCGUUAUAUCGCACUGUCAAAGGAACUUGCAUCACGACAUACAUCGCUUCGAAAAAGUGUCCAACAUCAUCAAACAGUUCAAACUCAGCUGCAGUAAGGUGGCCGCCCAGUUCCAAAGCAUGGAGGUGAGAAAUUCCAACUUUGCUGCGUUCAUCGACAUUUUCACCACCAACACGUAUAUCAUGGUCAUCAUGUCGGAUCCACACAUUCCCUCGGCAGCGACUUUAAUCAACAUCAAAAACGCCCGUAAACAUUUUGAAAAAUUGGAACGCAAAAGCCAAGCACACCAGAACAACAGCAGAUAAAACUAACUAAGUGAACCCAACCAAUGGUAUAAUGUAAACUAACGGUAUAUUAUAUUAUAAAUUGUGGGUUCACUGUUCCGUCGUGUAUGAUUAAUGUUUACAUUCGUAUCGACAAUCGUUGUUUUGAUUUAUAUUAUCGUUUACAAUUUAUUAAAUUAUUAUUAUACUAUUAUAAGUAACCGCUUGAGAUACUAGCUUGUCUACUAGCUCACCGUACAAUUAUACUUACAUUUACGUUCACACUUUUCCCUUCAAUUUUCUAUAGUGUCGAGAGUAGUCGUCGGCUGCUGCGUCUCGUAACUUACUCCUCGAGCUUGCCACAUUCGCCUUGCUGCACAGUUAUGAUAGAUUUUGUUUGUAUAACAUCAUAAUAAUGUUCCUUUUAUGCAACACAAUAUUAUGUAAGCUAAAUGUUUAUUUUCACAGUUACUAUACGAUUGCCAUUCAUCCGAUAAAAAAAUUUACCCAGAUCCUCUUUCUCCUCACCCCGUAAAAUUAUCACUUAUAACCCUAAUAAUGUGACGUUAUAAUAUAUAUAUAUUUUUUUAAUGUAUCUUUGUUAAUAUGUAUGUUAAAUUAUUAUUAUUAUUAUUAUCAACUCGUCGAUUGUAACAAUUAUUAAGAAAAUAAAUGGAGAUGUUAUAU